AUGGAAGGUGGUAGAUAUUCGGUUGAUAUGGGUAACCUCGAGCACAACCCAACAAACGAGCUUGCGAGGAAGAAAUCCCGCAAAGAUAAAUCACAUAUCGGCUCUUCAUCUCAAAGCCGAGAUGAUUUUGAUACAGGUUACGCAAAGAGGGAUGAGGAUGCCAUGACCCACGAACAACUAGAACAAGAAUUGCCCCGACAUAAUAGUCGGUUUUUCCAAGACCAGCCGAGGACCAUUGACGAAGAAGAGCUCGCGGACGACGAUGUGGAGGAAGUAAUUCCGGAGAGCCACGACGGCGACGUGGAGGAGGGUGGCGGCAUCCACGACGCCGACGAGCCUGCCUCAUCCCAAACAGGUACGAAAAAAAGUAGAUCUGAACUAAUGCAAAAUAAUUUUGAUAAGUGGAAGGAACCGAACACCGGGAAUUGGAACACAACUUGCAAGUGGUGCAAGAAAAAUUAUAGCUUAGGGAUUUCCGACGGAUACGGAUCCGCCACAAGGCAUCUUAAGUCCAAACACCCGGUGGAGUAUGCCAAAUUAGGCGACAGAACGGGGAAGCAAACUCAAAUAUUGAGAUUUGCAAAUAACCAACAACCUUUUGGUAAUUUCUCUUACAAUGAUGCACAAAAUUUGACAGGUAUGACUAACUUACUUGUUGAAGAAAAUUUGCCUUAUUUGUUUUCUGAAAGUCUUGCUUUUCGUGAUUAUGCACAAACUUGUUUAAAUCCUCAAUAUAGAGGUUAUAGUCGCAAAACGGUUAAGAAAGAAAUUUCAAGGCUCUAUGGUGCGAAAAAGGUAAGGUUACAAAAUUAUUUUGCAAACGUUGAUGGGCGUGUUACUGUAUGUUCUGACAUAAGGGAGGAUAGUUAUCGUAAUUUACAUUAUUUGGGUCUGACUGUACAUUAUAUUGAUAAUGAUUGGAAUAUGCAUAAACGUGUUCUUACUUUUCGUGAAUUUAAUGAUCGUCACACUGCUGAACAUAUUUAUAUUUUGAUUGAGCGUAUUUUAAUUGAGUAUAAUUUAAUUGAUAAGGUGUUUGCUAAUUGUUUUGAUAAUGCUACUAAUAAUAUUGCUGCUAUUCCUAGAUUGCGUGAAUUGUGUGGUUCUACUUCUUUGAUGAGCAGAUUUUUUCAUCAACGAUGUGCAUGUCAUGUUAUUAAUUUAUGUGUGCAAGAUGGUCUAAAACGUUAGGAGCAUCUUUGGAGGUAGUCAUGGGGGAGAUUAGACGUAUUUGGGAUAAUGGUCAACUUAAAAAAUGGCAUGAUUAUUUCAUAGAAAGAGGUGAGAAAUAUGUGGCUUUUUCUAAAGAUUUGUCUAUUCAUUGGAAUAGUACUUAUAAGUUAAUUGCAGUUCUUCUUGGAUAUAAACAACAUUUUCCUGCUUUUAUGAAACAAUAUGAUAACUAUAUUAUAAACUCGGCUGAGAUCGACACCUGCGAAAAAAUUUGUAAUGCUUUGGUAUAUUUUAAUAAUGCAACUGAAACUUUUAGUCAUGUUUAUACACCUACCUCAAACCAAUUUAUUCGUGAAGCUGUUAAUCUCGCCGGUGCUUUUUUAAAUUAAUUUUGAGAAUGACGAUUAUGUGAGUUAUUUUGCUGGUUUUAUGAAGGAUUUUUUUUAAAAAUAUUAUUCACAUAUUCCGCAUAUUUAUGGUAUUGCAUUUGUUCUGGAUCCUCGUUUUAGACUUGGUUCUUUAGAAGAAUGUUUGAAUUAUUAUUAUGCUGCUUUUUUUUGUCCAAUGCCAAUGUAUGACGACAACCCAAUUGAUCCGAAAAAAGAAUACAACGAAGUUAGUGAUAUAUUUUAUGCAUUAUUUAAUGAGUUUCAUGCACAAUAUGGCAACGCCCCCCUCCCCCGACACAAACCUCUUCACCUAAAGGAAAAUCAAUUUUGAAAUCUACAUUUGCCAAUCUUAUUAAAAAAACUAAGCACAAUUAAUGAGAUUUCUUUGUAUUUAACAUAUGAUGUUGAUUUUGAAGAAGAUGAUGACUUUGACGUUCUAAACUAGUGGAAGGGAAAAUAAAGAAUGUUCCCGGUUUUAGCAAAGAUGGUUAAGCAAGUGCUAUCAAUGCCAGUUUCAACAGUUGCCGUCGAACAAUAAUUUAGUUCGACCGGCAAUGUCCUAACGCAAUCUAGAACGAGGUUGAGCGCAGAAUCUCUUGAGAUGCUUAUAUGCUAUCACGAUUGGUUGAAGGCGGUCCGUAGAGCUCAAGAAAUUGAUAUCACCCCAUCCCAACACUUUAUGGAUGAAUCUACAACCGAUGGUGGCUCUACCUAUUACGAAGAUUCCGAUUGAUUAGUAUUUCAUGUUUUAAUUUUACCUUUAAUUAUCAUUUGUAAUUUCAUAUUGUAUUUUUUUCUUAAUUGUCAAAUGUAGUUCCUAUUUCACUUCAAAUAAAUGCACUUGAAAUUUG